AUGCGCUUUGUGUCAUUGGGCGUGGCACAAGCAACGCGCGCCAUACGCCACUUGCGGGUACACCCGGUGGAAUGGCAGAAUCAUCCUGGCAUGCGCCUGGAGGUGUUUGGUUGGACGGAUGGCAAGCUGAAGGUCGAUACUCCAAUUCCGAAAUCCUUACGGGAUAAAGCUUGCCGCCUGGAUGUUGUGCGCAGAAGUGGAGAGCUGUUGCAGCGAGGCUUGGCCCUGGCGAGCACUGCGGCCCACGAGCGUUGGCGCGAGAUGCAAAAAGCAGAGGAGGAGAAGAACCAGCAAGCUCUGGCCGAGAGGAAUCAGGUCGAGCAGCAGCUGCAGGACACGUUGUCACAAAUGGAAGAGCUUCGAAAGGCGAAUCAUCUUCUCCAAGAGCAGGCAGCGGAGAGAGAGCAGGAACUUGCAGAUGCCGAAGCAGAAAGGCUCCGUUUGGGAGUGGAACUGGACUCAGCUCCGUUGGUGGACUCCGUUUGUCGUUUUAAAGCACUCAGUGCACUCAACUAA